UCAAUCACGCUGAGAAAAGAGAAAGCUUUAACUACAAGGUAGCUAGCCAUGGCAAGCGGGAAGUCGGUGAUGGCUUUGAUCAAAGCCCUGAAGCCUGCAUUUCGCAACGGCAACGACAACGACAAGGUGGUUUUUGCCGUUCACUCUUUCUUCUUAGCUUCCGGCUAUGAGCUCACCGCCACAGGUCCCCCGGCCUUCAACCCCUCUGGCCUCACCUCUGCUUCCACAGAUGAAGUGGGUAUUCAGGACUGGAACGAGCUUGACGACCAGUACGCCUUCAUCUACGUGAACCCGGAAAAGGGUUCGAGGAAGGUGCUCGUCAAGUGUCUUGUAAUGGAGGGAAAAUUGCAUGUUUAUUAUGCUUUGACUGAUGGGUUUUCUAAGCAUGUGGAACUUGAUGUUGGCGACUAUGUUGAGGAAAAUGGAGGCGGCAAUUACUCCAGACAGUUCAAGAAUAUGGAGAUGCUAGUGACACGUCUGGAGUCUCUGCAGAAUUUGAGUUCAGAAACAAGUGAGACUAACUGUGUGAGGAGGAUCAAAAUUGAAUCUCAUUCUGGUCCUGUUCCUCAAACUCAUCUGUCAGGACGCAAAAGAAAGGAGCUCCUUACUCUCUGUGAGGAGAAGGAAACUCCAGCUAACACCACCAAUGUCGUCGUGGCCAGUUCUGUCAAAGUAAUACUUUUAUCAUCUCUCCUCCAUUGA